UCCUACGGCAUUAGCGAUGAACGUCGAUGAGUACCGCAGGCGAGGGAAGGAGAUGGUCGACUACAUCGCGGACUAUCUGGAGAACAUACGCGAGCGGCGCGUGUUCCCGAACGUCCAGCCGGGCUACAUGCGCACGCUGGUGCCGGAGUCGGCCCCGGUCGAGGGCGAACCGUGGCCGUGCAUCUUCGACGACAUCGAGCGGGUCCUGAUGCCGGGCGUGACGCACUGGCAGAGCCCCCGGAUGCACGCGUACUUUCCGGCGCAGAACUCGUACCCAUCGCUGCUCGGCGACAUGCUGGCCGACGGGAUCAAUUGCCUCGGAUUUACUUGGGCCUCUUCGCCGGCCUGCACCGAGCUGGAGAUCAUCGUGAUGAACUGGCUGGGCAAGAUGAUCGGGCUGCCGGACGACUUCCUGCACCUGACGCCGAACAGCAAGGGGGGCGGCGUGAUCCAGACGACGGCCAGCGAGGCGACGCUCGUGUCGCUGCUGGCCGGCCGCACCCAGGCGAUCCAGCGAUUCCACGACCACACGCCCGGGCUGAACGAUGCCGAAAUCAACGCCAAGCUCGUGGCGUACACGUCCGACAAUGCGCACUCCAGCGUCGAGAAGGCGGCCCUAAUCGGAUUAGUGCGGAUGCGGUUCAUCGAGCCGGACGAGCGGCUCAGCCUCCGCGGGGCCCCGUUACAGGCUGCUAUCGAGGAGGACAUCCAGCAGGGCCUGAUACCGUUCUGGGUUUGCGCCACGCUCGGUACCACCGGAGGGUGCGCUUUUGACAACCUGGACGAGAUCGGCGACGUCUGCAAGGCGUACAACCUGUGGCUGCACAUCGACGCCGCGUACGCCGGCAGCGCCUUCAUCUGCCCGGAGUUCCGCGUGUGGCUGCAGGGCAUCCAGAAGGCGGACUCGAUCGCGUUCAACCCUUCCAAGUGGCUGCUGGUGCACUUCGACUGCACCGCCAUGUGGCUCAAGAACAGCGGGGCCCUGCAUCGCACCUUCAACGUGAACCCGCUCUACCUGCAGCACGAAAACUCUGGCCUCGCCAUCGACUACAUGCACUGGCAGAUCGGGCUCAGCAAGCGUUUCCGGGCGGUCAAGCUGUGGUUCGUGCUGCGCAGCUUCGGCAUCAAGGGUCUCCAGCAGCACAUCCGCGAGGGUGUCCGGUUGGCGCAGAAGUUCGAGGCCCUCGUCCUGGCGGACCCACGCUUCGAGGUGCCGUUCGCGCGCUACCUCGGCCUGGUGGUGUUCCGGUUGAAGGGCAGCAACGAGCUGACGGAGAAGCUGCUGAAGCGCAUCAACCACCGGGGCAAGAUGCACGCGGUGCCGUCCUCGCUCCGCGGCCAGUACGUCAUCCGGUUCACGGUCACCUCGACGCACACCACCAACGACGACAUCCUGGCCGACUGGAAGGAGAUCCGUUCCGUCACGUCCGACUUGCUGGACGAGCUGAACCUGCAGGUGCCGCGCACGGACCGCGAACGGGUGUCACUGAAGGAUACGCGCGCCCGGAACGAAACGUUCGGCUCGAGCCUGCUGCUGGCCAACACGCCGAUGUCGCCCAAGAUCGUGAACGGCUCGUUCGCGGCCAUCUUCGACGCGGACGAGUUCCUGGCCAAACUGUACGCCGGGAUCCGCAUUUCGAACCAGGACUCACCGGCCAUGCGACGCCGCGUCCGGGGCAUCCUGAUGUCCGGCAAGCAGUUCUCGCUCGACUCGCGCAUGGACCUGGUGGUGCAGGGGAUUGCGCCGGGCGACGUGCGCCGGGGCACCGACCAGAAGCCCAUCACCGAGGAAGAGGUCUCGGAAGCUUGUGAGCAAAUGGAACCGUCCGAUCAAGACAGCAACCGCGACGAAGACCGCAGCCAUCCCCAGACCAGACACCUGAUACAUCCGCUCCCGGUACGGCCUCCUGGUUCGGCCGGGGAACUUCCGGCGGUUCCCCGGGGCCGUUCGCAAAGUGUGGACACCGGGACGCUUCGUGCCCGUGUUAAUCCGUCCGCCCCCGGCUCACUCCGGACGUUCCUCCUCGGCGACCCCUCGCAGACCAGCAGCUUCGGGCAGGCGUUCCCCCUUCGCUCACCACCGCCGCUCCCGGGGAAGCUGCCCCAGGUGUCCUGCGACUCGAACCUGGACAGCAUCGACGAGAACGAACCAACCGGAAGCUUCCUGCAGCCGCCACCACCGCCACCAGCGAGGUCCGCCAUCGUCCACCAGAAGCGCCGCUACUCGGACCACUGCUCGCCCCUCUUCUCGCUUACCGCCCCGAACGUGUACCCGGAGAAGCGCGCCUCGGAGCCGGCGAUCCGGUGUGCGUUCUAUAAUCGCAGCUUCGACAUGCUGUACGCCGGACGCCGUGAGCCACCACCGAAGCGUGUCCUUUCGCAGAACGAUCUGCCACGCGAGGCGGCAGCCCGUCGGCAGACGGUCCUGCAGCGGCAGAUUUCCACGAUCGCCGAGCUGAAUGUGGUCGCCGCCACCGAACCACCGGCCAUCGCGCCCAAGUUCCGGUACUGCAUCUCGGACGAGUCGGGCCACUGCAUUGACUUCGAUACGAUUGUGCCGCGCGGAAAGGGGUCGUUGAAGGACGAUGAGGCGCUGUUGCGUGAUGUGCUGCGGUUCGAGGAGAAUUUUGUGGAAAAGUGCGAACAGAUCUGUCCGACGCCGCGGGCCGAUCUCUGCCUGGAUACGAUCGAGCGGCAGGUGCUGGACGAGCUGCGUAAGGUGUCCGGGGACGGGGGGAGAGGGGGGGCGAUCGAUGAGGAGCCUCCGGCGGUGGACGAGGUGAUCUACGAGAAUGUGCAGCUCUGCCGGAAGUGUGGCCACCAGAGGAUCAAGUUAUAA